CAACAAAGUCUCGUGUCGUAUUUGGAAUUAUUUUUGUUUUUAAUUUUGUACGUGUUUUUUGUUUAUCGUGUAAAUUCAAUACAAUUAAAAUGGCAGACUUUUGCACACCAAAAGAAAUUUGCCAAUUGCCGAUGAAUCGUAUGCCCGAUAUUCACACUCUUUCCGUGGACAGCAUACAUGUGCGCUGCUCCACUCCGAUUGUGGGCAAGUUGCGUUCGCCAAACUUGUCGCCCAUCCGAAAGGAUAAGCGAUUGAAAAGUCCUGCCUCGCCGAUGAUCUUUGCGAAGCAAAUGCACAAGGCCCAACAGCAUUCGGAAAAAUCGGCAGCAAAUCCUGUCAAGAACUCUGGCCUGGACGAUGACAGCAACAGCAGCUUGAAUAACUUUCUGGAUGAUUCGAGUGCCAACAGUAUGGAGACCUCCCUGACCCUGGAGUCGCGUCGUCGUUCCAUUCAAGCGGCCAAUCAUUCCUAUGUGCUGAAUCAUGCCACGAAUGUGAAGGAAGUGCUGCUCCUUGUCGGCUUGGAAACGUAUCUGGAUAAGUUCGAGGAUUCCCACAUAGAUUUACUCGAACUGGUGUCCAUGAAGCGAUCAGAUCUGAAGAGCAUCGGCGUACGCAAAGAUGAGGACUGCAAUCGCAUACUGGAAGCCCUCAAGGAGCUGUAAUUGAGCAGCUUUUAAGGCUAUCGCUGGCUGAUAUGCAAAUUUCAUUUCAUGUAUUUCUUAUUCUAAUCAAUUUUUGAUGUGCAAAAUAUUUUUAUACUAAAAGCUGUUUUAAGUCGGAAUUAAUUCGCUUGCCUUAAACC